AUGGACCCCAAGGCUCGCAUCUCCUCCGAUUGGCUGGGAUACCAGUGGCAUCAGCUCAAGGAUCAAGAGCAUGCCGGCCCAGUCUUGACGGCCGUUGUGGUGGUGUUGCUCACCUACGUGCUUUAUAGUGUAAUGUUUGCUACGGACAUUCCUCGCAUCAAGGGCAUGCCGGAGAUUCCUGGCGCAGUUCCAGUGUUUGGACACCUUUUGAAGCUCGGCGAGGAUCACGCCAGUGUUUGCGAGAAAUGGUGGCGCCAGUACAACCAUUCAGUCUUCCAGAUUAAGCUGGGAAACACCAGGGCCGUGGUUGUCAAUUCCUUCGAAGACUGCAAGAAGAUGCUCCUUGGCAACCAGAAUGCGGUCAUCGACCGCCCCAAGCUCUACACCUUCCAUGGCGUCAUCAGCAGCACUCAAGGCUUCACCAUCGGAUCUUCGCCCUGGGAUGACUCUUGCAAGAAGAAGCGCAAGGCUGCUGGUACGGCUUUGGGUAGACCCGCAUUGAGAAAUUACUAUCCCAUGUUCGACUUGGAGGGCUACUGCAUUCUGCGAGACAUGAAGAGGGAUAGCCAGGGUCAGAUAGAGAUUGACGUUCGCCCUUACAUCCAGCGGUACGCGCUCAAUACCACAUUGACUCUCUGCUAUGGAAUUCGCAUGGACAACGUAUACGACGACCUGCUUCGUGAGAUUCUUCACGUGGGAUCGGCCAUCUCGCUGCUGCGCAGUGCCUCGGAGAACCUGCAAGAUUACGUGCCGGUCUUGAGAUAUCUACCCAACAACGAGAAGAUUGCUCGGUCAAAGGAGCUUCGGGGGCGACGAGACGCCUACUUGGAUCUCCUCUUGAACAAGGUCCGAGAGAUGAUUAGGAAGGGUACGGAUAAGCCGUGUAUCUCAGCUGCCAUUCUCAAGGACGAGGAAACCAAGCUCACGGGCGUCGAAGUCUCGUCAAUUUGUUUGUCUCUUGUUUCUGGUGGCUUUGAGACGAUCCCCGGAACUUUGACCUCCUGCAUCGGGUCUCUUUCGACCAAGGAAGGACAAGCAUGGCAGGAUCGUGCCUACGAGGACAUCAAACGUCAUUAUCCCGACAUUCGCGAUGCCUGGACUGCCUGUUUUAAGGAGGAAAAAAUUCCCUAUAUUAAUGCGAUCGUCAAGGAGGCUGGCCGAUACUACACCGUCAGCUCAAUGAGUCUGCCCAGGAAGACUGUCACCGAGGUGAACUGGAACGGUGCUAUUAUUCCUCCCAAGACCAUGAUCUUGAUCAAUGCUCAGGCUGGCAAUCAUGAUGUUGAUCAUUUCGGUCCGGACGCGGGGAGCUUCAAUCCCGAGAGGUGGCUUAAGAGCCUGAACCCUCCCACAGAGGAGACCAAUGGUCUGGGUCACCUGAGUUUCGGCACUGGUUCUCGAGCUUGUUCGGGCCAGUACAUCGCUUCUCGCCUUUUGUACGCCGCGUUGGUGAGGCUUCUAUCUUCCUAUAAGAUCGUGGCCAGCAAAGACCACCCUCCCAACACCGACUACGUGGAGUACAACCAGUUCAAAACCGCGCUGGUUGCGAUCCCGAGGGAAUUCAAGGUCAAGCUCAUCCCCAGGGACGCGGCCAUGCUGGAUGAGUGCUUGGAUCUUGCGGAGCAGAGGACCCGUGAGCACUACAAGGAGUAG